CAAAAACAACAAAGUGCAAUAAAACUAAACGAAAAAAUCAAAAGCAAAAAACAUUUGACCAGUGUUGGGCAACAGCUCAAAGGCAAAAGCAGCAGCGAACCAGAGAAGUGGAGCCGUAGGAGCCGAAGGAGUUGCCCGCCCAGCUGCCAGUGGGGCGAGCGCUCGAAAAGUUUUGAAACUCCCUUUGGAAAUUGUAACAAAAAUGAGAAUUAAAAUGCCUGCGGUUCGAAUUGCACAAGAUUCCGACUCGACAGAGAACGAUGCGGUCGCCGCGCAGGACAUCCUCACGUGCGGCGCAUGCCAGAAGACCUUCGCGCUGUCGGACAUUGUCCGCUUCAUACAGCACAAGGUGUUGCAGUGCAACAAGGAGAACUAUGGCCAGUGCACCACACAGGCGCCCAGCAUGGAUCGCGAUGCCGACGAGGGCCGUCCACUGAGCCUGGUCAAUCGCCGUCCAUCGAUAUCGGCGCCAAUCACAGGUCGCAAAUCGGCUCCGGUUGGUGUUGCACCACCCACCGCAACCGCUGCCGCUGCUGCGGCCACAGCUGCUGCCGCUGCGGCGGCGGCUGCGGCUGCUGCUGUUGCGAGCAGCGCAGCGAGCGGCUCACGCAUUCACACACCACCGCCCAGUCCAGCGGAUCUGCUGGCCGAUGGGGCAAGCAGCACACCCAAACGCCUGGUGGACGAGAACGACAAUACAACGCCCAAGGCAGACAGCGAAACACUGCCUCUGGAACCGCAUAGUCCACGGUCCGGCGAGCAGGACGUUCACAUUGGACGCGCAGCGAUUGAGGAUUGCGCGCAGCUCGACGACAAGCCAAAGGUCAAGCAAGAGCCACUCGCCGACGAUGAACUUCCACAAGAAGAACAGCAGCACGACGAGGCACAGCAGCAGCAGGACCAGGAGCGGCAGCAUGAGCUGGAGCAAUCACAAGUGCUGCCAGCGGGCGACGAGUGCCAACAGCCACUGGCUAAGCGACCCAAAAUGGAGCUCGUCGAUGCCGAGGCCAACACGGUGCACACAGAGCCCAGCAACUAUACGUGUUCGAGAUGCAAGACCCGCUACACCUCCGCCUGGCGCCUCAUCCAGCACGUGCAGCACUCGCACGGCGUCAAGAUCUACGUGGAGGCAGGCCUGACUGUGGCCACGCCCGCCGCCCUCAAUGCAGCCGCAUCGGCGGCUGCGAACGCCAGCCUAAGUCCCAAUCGCAGCCUCAGUCCCUCAUCGGCAGCAGCAGCGGCGGCAGCAGCAGCAGCAGCUGUUGGUAUGCCGCUGCCCUUGCACGCGCUGAUGGCGCAGGCCGUUGCCUCGCAGUCGCAGUCGCAGUCGGCGUCACAGUCGGCGUCAGCAUCGCCAGCGGCAAAACGCAGCAGCAGCAACAGCAGCGCAACAGCAAUUGUUGGUGCUGUUGGCUCAGCCAACACGAGCAGCAGCAGCAAUGCGAGCAGCGGCAAUUCACCCACGCAGCAACUGUUGCAGCAGCGCGUACAACAACAGCAGCAACAGCAGCAGCAACAACAGCAGCAACAACAGCAACAGCAGCAACAGCAGCAGCAACAGCAACAGCAGCAACAGCAACAGAACAUGGCCACGGCCAUGGCAGCGGGCAUGCGUCAUCAUCCGCUUCUGGCUCCGCCAGAGGCGAUGCACGCGAAUCCGUUCCAACUGCUCCGUAUGCCUCUGCCCCCGGCGCUGGCCCAGGGCAAUGUAGUUCCUAGCGUGGCGCCCCUCUUUGGCCGCCCCACGCCCGCCGAUCACUAUCGCAUGGAGCAGCUGGUCAGCGAGCAGUUCCGACAUCACGGCUUCAAUCUGGCUGCCGCCGCCGCUGCCGCCCAAGCUCAGUUCAAUGCCACCACCCAGCAGCAGCAGCAGCAGCAGCAACCGUUGCCAGGUGUUGCUGUUAAUGUUCCUAGCGGCGUAGAGCAGAGGCCGCCCUCGAGCAACAGCAGUCAACGCGGCUCAGUGCCGCCCGCUGCGCUGCCGCCACCUUCGCUCAGCUCUCAGCAGCAACAGCAGCAGCAGCAACAGCAACAGCAGCAGCAGCAGCAACAGCAACUUCAACAGCAGCAGCAACAGCAGCCGAUAGCUGCCGCUGUGAGUCCAGCGGGCGCUGCCGCCGCCGCCGCCGCCUUGCAAUUGGAACCGCAGCAGAUGGAUUUUUACUCGCAGCGAUUGCGUCAGCUUGCGGGCACAACAAGCCCUGGAGCUGGCAACAUUGUUAACUCGAGCUCGCCGAGUCCUAGACAGAAGCAAUCGCCGCGCUUUGCGAGCCCCUCGCCCAGCUCCGCAGCCAGCUCUGUGCAGCUGACAGCGACACCGCGUCCCCACUCCCUGACGCCGCCCGAGAAGAGCGCCGAGAACGGUGGCGGACAACUUGCACAGCUGCCGGGCACGCCACGGAGCACGGCCAGCACGCCGCCAAGCAAGCCGCUAGAGGGCGAGCGCAGCGAGGCUGAGCUGGAGGCGAGCUGCUUUGCGUGCGGCUACUGCGACAAGAAGUUCCGCUUCGAGAACAAUCUGAUCAUCCACCAACGGACGCACACCGGUGAGAAGCCGUACAAGUGCACUGCCUGCGACUUCGAGUGCUCUCACAUCCAGAAGCUGAUGAAGCACAUGCGCGUUCAUCGCAGCCCCGCCGAGGGCCAAGACGGCAGCAGCAGCAAUGGCGGCGACAACAAUCAGGAUGGCCAUGACGGCGGCAGCAAUGCUGACUCCUUGGAGACGAAUGAGGCGGACAACGAUGACGAUCCGAACCCAGAGGACUCCGACGAGGAGCUCAACGAUGAGGAUGUCGACGCUGACGCUGAAGAAGAUGAUGAGGAUGAGCUAGACGAUUGCGAGGAUGUUGACUACGAAGCCGAGGAUCUCAGCGUCAACAAUCGCAUCGACGGCAAGAGCCAGAGCCCGAAGACAACCAGCUCCGGCGCCACUUCGUUGGUGGGCGAGUUAAUGGACAAAUUCGGCCUGUCCAACAUAGCUCAAUACUCGGAGGCCUACAAGCAGGCGCUGCAGGAGUCUGGCCGCAAGGAGGCGGCUGCUGUGGCCGCAGCUGCUGCUGCUGCCGCUGCCGUCGACAACAACAAUCGCGGCUCUUCCGUAGCCGGUGGCGCCUCGAAUGCAGCAGGCGCGGCUGGCGAUAAGCUGAACGGUCUGCCAGUUGCAGCGCUGCGAUUGCGCGACGAGUUCGCCAAGAACUGCAACAUGUUCCAGCCUCAGCCGCAGGACGGACCCGCCCAGGUGCCGCUCUUCAAUCCGUUUCCCAAUCCCUUCGAGCUGUCCAAACGCAUGAAAAUGGACGGCGGCGACUGGUGGGGCAUGUCGGCGCUGCAUCGCAAUGAGGCGCUCUUCGAGAACUUGAAGCUGAAGCCACUCGGCUUGGGUGGCGCCAACUCGCUGCUGCAGGGACCGCUGCUGAAGAAGGAGUCGCGCCAAAGGAACGACACCUGCGAGUUCUGCGGCAAGGUGUUCAAGAACUGUUCCAACCUGACCGUGCAUAGGCGCAGUCACACUGGCGAGAAGCCGUACAAGUGCGAGCUAUGCUCCUACGCCUGCGCCCAGAGCUCCAAGCUCACCCGCCACAUGAAGACGCACGGCCGCACCGGCAAGGACGUCUAUCGCUGUCGCUUCUGCGACAUGCCCUUCAGCGUGCCCUCCACCCUCGAGAAGCAUAUGCGCAAGUGCGUCGUCAACCAGGGCAAGGCGGCAGCCGCUGCUGCCAAUGCGGCCAAUGCUGUGGCUGCUGCCCAAGCAGCUGCCGCCGCUCAGCAGUUGCAGGCAGCUGCCCAGGCACAACAACAGCAGCAGCAGCAGCAACAACAGCAGCAGCAGCAGCAACAACAGCAACAGUUACCCACGCAGUCGUCGCCCUGUCCCAUGGGCGUGGCAGUGGGCUUUCCUCCACAAUUUGGACACAACUUGUCGCUGGCGGGCAGCGUGAGCGGCGACAAUGACUCGAACGCUUCUUCCAGCCUGCCGGCGCACCCCAUCUCGCUGAAGGAGGAGGCAUGACUUUUUAGCAGCUGGAGCAGCAGCAGCAACAGCAGCACCCACCCGCCGCCCACGCUGCACGGCCCGCUGGCUGCACAUGUGC